AAAUUGAGAGUUGAGACUUUUUUUCAAGAAUUUUAUUAAACAAAAAUUUUAAUAUACCUCAGAUACAUAAAUUCAAAAUAAUGGCUUUCUCUACAAGAAGAAUGCUAAAAUCGAUUAUUAUGAAGGAUAAUUCUUGGUGCAAAUAUCAUUACUGGCGAUUCAUUUCUUCCAAUAUAUCAAGCUCAGGAACUGACCUAGGAAAACCGAAAAUAAAAAGCACAAAUAAAAAUGACCAAGUCAUUGUACAGCCUGCCAUCAUAUCAGCAGUUCAAAUAACUCUACAAAGAAGUAAAAAUGCAAAACCUUAUUUGACAGCUCCACAACUGGAAAGCAGCAUUGAAGGAAAAAUGUAUCCUGAUAUUGGACAGCCAACUCCUUUUAGGCAUCCUCACCUCUUUAAAAGUUAUGAUGAAGUGACACCUGGAAUUACGAGAAGAGAAUAUCAAGAGAGAAGAUAUAAAUUGAUGACAGUUUUAAGCGAAAGUAACUUUGGUCGUGAUUAUGAGAACCAUUUGGUGCUUCUGUCAGCUGAACAUUUAAAAUUGAUGUCCAACGAUAUUCCAUAUUCGUUUCAUCAGGACACAGACUUUCUGUACCUAACUGGUUUCAACGAGCCGGAUGCAGUACUAGCUAUAGAUUUUAACAAAACGUCCAGGUCCAUUCAAUUUUUACUUUUUGUGAAACCGAAAGAUCCGAAACGGGAAUUAUGGGACGGAGCCGUGGUGGGUGAGAAGGCGGCUGUGGAAUAUUUUGGUGCUGACGAAGCGUUUCCACUAAACUCCCUGCAUUCUAUCAUGCGUGAUAGAUAUGGGUACAGUAAAAAUUAUUGUGUCUGGUAUAAAACAGAAAACCGCAACGGUAAACAACACGAACUAAUCUCGUCGAUUCUUCAAGCUAAAUGGUUUCAUAGUGAAGCACAACAUAACAUAGGAUUCAACUUGCAGUUGUUAAGACUGAUCAAAUCACCUGCAGAAAUAAAAAUCAUGAAGAAGUCGGCUUCUAUAGCUUCGCAAGCUUUUACAAAGGUAAUGCAAAAUACACGAGCCGGUGUUCCAGAAUCACAUCUGCAUGCAUUGCUCAACUUUCAUUGUAGAAUUGGCGGUGCACAGCGUCUUUCAUUCCCGCCCGUUGUUGCGGGUGGGAGCAGUGCAAAUACGCUCCACUACAUCAACAACACUAAUAUACUGAGGGAUGGUGAUUUAGUGCUCAUGGAUGGAGGGUGUGAAUACAACGGAUACGCAAGCGAUUUGACUCGUACGUGGCCAGUUAGCGGAACAUUCUCUCUCCCGCAGAGAGACCUUUAUGAAAUUGUACUAAAUGUACAGAAGAUCUGUCUGGAGGCUUGCCAACCUGGCGUAUCAAUAGAUCAUUUACACCACGUAAUGUUAUUAAAUAUGGGGAAAGAGCUCCAAGGUAUUGGUUUGAUCCAGCGAAAUCUGACUGAAAUCCAAUUGAAGAGGACCACCGCUGAAUUCUGUCCGCAUCAUCUGGGUCAUUACUUGGGAAUGGACACCCAUGAUACAAUGUUACUUCACAAAGGAUUACCUUUACAAGACGGAAUGAUGUUCACCCUCGAACCUGGUUUAUACAUACCUACUACUAAUACUAAUGUACCUGAAAGGUAUCGUGGAAUUGGAAUCCGCAUCGAAGAUGACAUUCUAAUGACAAAGACUGGUCCAUAUGUGCUGAGUGCAGAGUUGCCAAAAGAAGUUGAGGAUGUGGAAGAACUGCUUUCACAAAGGACUUUCAGAAAGUAAAAGUCAUACUUAUACCGUUUCAGAAAAAGUUUUGUUUUCGGGGGAAACGUGUGUCGAACAAAAAAGAAGAACAAAACAGACAUAUCACUGCCAAAAUCUUUCUUUUGGCGCAUUGCUUUUGAAAAUAAUAAGUGAUAAAUAUGAUUCCCCAAUUCAGGGGCAGAAUAACAAUUUGUUUUCAAUGUCAAGCCUCGUCUCUACAGAUGCUUGCGUCCGGUAAUUUCAGUUUGUAUUAAAUGCAGUUCUUACAACCUACAUGUAGCUAAGCACAACGAAAUUCAAUAGCAGUUUCAUUGCGAGACACUACAUUAUGUUGCACAAGUUUAUGCAUCACAUCCAACGUACAUUUUUAACAAAAGUCUUUGUAGUUUUAUAUUGUAAAUAGUGGUGUAAAUUUUGCGUUAUUGUAUAGUCUAUAUGUAUAAUUUUUUCAGAAAAAAAAAAACAUGCAUUAGA